AACAUGAGCUAUCCAUAUGGAGGAGGUGGAUAUGGAUAUCCUGGGGGACAGCCAGGAUACCCACAGCAAGGAGGAUAUCCCCAGCAAGGGGGCUACCCACAGGGAAAUGUGGCCAUGCCAACACCCGAGUCAGCUAAUGCAGCAGCCUAUGGCUCGUCUCCUGGGGGAUAUUCCACUAAUCCCAGUGGUCCUGGACAAAUAGGAUUCGGGGACAUGCCAUCAUCUCAAGGAUUUGGUGGUGGCCCUGGAUAUGGAGCACCUCAGCCAGGAUUUGGUGGUGCCCCGCAGCCUGGAGGAUAUCCACAACAGCCCGGGGGAUACCCUCAACAGCCAGGAUUUGGUGGGGCCCCACCUCAGCAGUCAUAUGGAGGCCCCUCUCCUCCCUCCCAGCAGAAUAUGUAUGGUGGUCCAGGAUUUGGUGGCCCACAGCAGCCACCUGUUAGUGGUGCACCAGGAUACCCUCAGCAGGGAGGAUAUGGAGCACCUGCCCCACAACAGCCAGGGUAUGGGCCACCACAGAGUCAACCACAAAGCUAUUCAAACACACCCUCCUAUGGGGGAACUCCAGGGAUGGGUCAGCCCCAGGGUCAAAAUUAUGGAGCCCCAACACAGCCAUCUGGACAGAGCUACUCUAAUCCUUCAGCUCCAGCUUAUGGUCAAGGUCAGCCCUCACAGGCUCCGAGUGCUGCUAAUGCCUAUAAGGCCAAAGAAGAGCCAACCCUCAGACCAGCUAGGAACUUUAAUGCUGAAAAUGAUGCUAAUAUUCUUAGGAAAGCAAUGAAGGGCUUUGGAACUGAUGAGAAAGCUAUCAUAGAUGUUCUUGCUUACCGUGCAUGUGACCAAAGACAACAAAUCAAAACUAUGUAUAAAACCAUGUUUGGAAAGGAUCUAGUGAAGGACUUGAAGAGUGAGUUAGGAGGGAGGUUUGAAGAUGUUAUCAUAGGUCUGAUGAUGUCAGCACCAGAAUAUGAUGCUUAUGAACUCAAACGAGCAAUGAAGGGUCUUGGCACAGAUGAGGAUGCAAUGAUAGAAAUACUGUGUAGCCGUUCCAAUACACAGAUAAAGGAUAUCAAUGAAAUCUACAAACGAAUGUAUGGUAGAACUUUGGAACAGGAUAUAAUUAGCGAUACGUCCGGGCAUUUCAAACGACUUAUGGUGUCACUAGCAAAUGGAGGACGUAUGGAAAAUCAAUCUGCGGACAUGAGAAAGGCUCAAGAGGAUGCCCAGAGACUUUACUCUGCUGGGGAGAAGAGACUUGGAACAGAUGAGUCCACAUUUAAUUCACUGUUAGCCUCGCAGAGUUACGAACAAUUAAGGGCUGUGUUUGAUGCGUAUCAUAAGAUUUCUGGGAAGGACAUAGAACAGGCCAUUAAGAGUGAAAUGUCAGGAAACCUGGAGAUAGGGAUGGUAGCUAUUGUUAGAAUUGUAAAGAACAGACCAGGAUAUUUUGCCAGGAAACUUUAUCAUUCUAUGAAGGGAAUGGGAACAGAUGACAAAACUCUCAUUAGAAUUGUCAUAACUAGGGCAGAGGUGGACAUGGUUCAAAUUAAGCAGGAAUUCCAAAAACAAUUUGGAAAAACUUUAGAUGGCUUUAUAAGGGAUGACACAUCUGGUGACUACAGGAAGGUACUGCUUGCAUUAGUCUCACAAGGGGUCAAGGUCAUUCUAGAUUUGAUGCCAUUUGGCUCUCAGUACCUAAACAGUCAGAAGAAGAUGGAGGGAACAGUGAAGCCAGCCGCCAACUUUAACGCGGAAAAUGACGCCAAUGCACUCCGAAAGGCCAUGAAAGGACUUGGGACGGACGAGAAGAGCAUUAUUGAUAUAUUGACGACUCGUAGUAAUGCACAAAGACAGGAAAUCAAGGCCAUGUUUAAAACCAUGUUCGGCAAGGAUCUUGUGAAGGAGCUGAAGAGCGAGUUGAGCGGAAAAUUUGAAGACGUCAUAGUGGGUCUGAUGAUGACGCCAGUGGAGUAUGACGCGUCAGAGCUCAAAAGAGCCAUGAAGGGCGUGGGGACUGAUGAGGAUGCGAUGAUUGAAAUCCUGGCCAGUCGGAAUAACGCCCAGAUCAGAGCUAUUAAUGAAACCUACAAAAAAUUGUUCAAGAACACCCUUGAGAAGGACAUAGAGGGUGACACUUCCGGCCAUUUUAAAAGACUAAUGGUCUCCCUGGCCAGUGCGGGGCGAAUGGAAGAUCAACCUGUUGACUUGAACAAGGCAGAACAAGAUGCUAAGAGACUGCAUGAAGCAGGGGAGAAGAAGCUCGGGACGGACGAGUCGGUGUUCAACUCCCUACUGGUCUCCCAAAGCUUCCCCCAACUGAGGGCAGUGUUUGAGAAAUACAAGGCUAUAAGUGGAAAAGACAUCGAACAAAGCAUCAAGAGCGAGAUGUCUUGUAACCUAGAAACCGGAAUGCUUGCCAUAGUUCGAGUUAUAAGAAAUACGCCGGGUUACUUUGCUGACAGAUUAUAUCGUUCUAUGAAAGGUGCCGGAACAGACGAUAGGACGCUGAUUAGAGUAGUUAUUUCGAGGUCAGAAGUUGACAUGGAACAAAUCAAACAAGAAUUUCAUAAGCUGUAUAAAAAGUCGCUCUCGGACUUCAUCAAAGACGACACAUCCGGGGACUACAGGAAAGUUUUGUUACAGUUGGUGAAAUAAAGUGACAUGAGGAAGUAACUAGACUGUUCUUGCCAUUGUGUUCUGUACUCCAUCUCUUGGUAUCAGGAACCUUUUAUUCCAAAGUAAUAAUUAAUACAUUUGCAUAAUUUUAACCAAAGAUACCGUAAUUAAAUCUUUAUUGAAUGCAUUUAUUGUUUUGUCUCUUGGACAUUUCUCUUAGAACUUAAUACCUGUUAAAUGUUCUGCUUUGUUAAUGUUGAUGUACCAAUGCUUAUUAUGAUGUAUUUUAAAUAAAUAAUAAACUAUG